AUUUGUCAAGCGGAUUUUAAGUAUCCAGGAGAUCUAAAAAAACAUUUUAACAAACACAUUGUUAAUAAUAAAAAAAAUGAAAUUCUAUUAAGAGAUCAACAACAGGAACAACUUCGACCAAGUUUUAUAACCCAUACAUCAAAUUACGAUAAUAAUCACCGAUAUAUACCCUCGUCUUCUACAUAUCAAGGACCUGGCGUUAUUCCAAUAAAUAACAAACGUAAAUCUGAUGAAGACAUGGACUUAUGGGGUGGAGAACAAGCGGAUGACAUUUGCUUACAGGCUGAAUUUAACAAUACAUCGAACACUGAAAAUUCUGAAAACGCUCGAAGAAGCAAACGCCAACGAUUAAAUAUGGUCAAAGCCCCAGGAUUUAAUUUAAUUCAAACUGUUUUUGGAGGUAUGGCUAAAAUAUUUUAUAAAAAGAAUCUGAAUCUAUGCCCUCAAUAUCAACAAUUCCUUGAUGAGACAAAACCCGAAUUAAUUAAUUUAUUGGUGGAGUUAGUCUCUGAAAAUGCGAUUAAAUUUGGGCUUAAACUUGAGGGUACAUACAGCGUCCCGCACACAAUUAUUGAAGAAAAUAGGUCUUUUAAAACGUCUGCCCGUUCACUUGUUAUUGGUGAUAUAAACGAUUUGAGUAAUAUAAUCGACGAGGAGUUUGCUAAAUUAUUAAAUGAAGAAGAGGUCUACCGUGGUAAGGGUUCAAAUUGCACAAUGGACACAGUUGAUGGAUUAUAACUCUGUGUAUAUAAGUUCACUCCGCUUGGUGGUUCUUCAUAUAUAAAGUUACCCGAUUGUAUUGAAAACCGUAAGGCAACAAUCAAUGUAAUGAAUAACGAUGAUUUAUGUUUUAAAUAUAGUAUAAUGGCAAAAAAUGUUAACUCACUAAAUGCUAAUCGUGUAAUUACACGAACGUCGAAGAAAAUAUAAUUUUUCAAG